CAGGUGGAUAGCUUUGGGGUAAGAAGCAGAUCAAACAAUAAAAACAAGGAAUUUCGUAAAUACAUGACACCAGACAAAAGGUUUUAUGAACGGACUUAUUAAUUCGGAAUCCAAUUUGGAGCUUGGGAUAGGAGCAAGAUAAGGAGAAGCUCGAUGGGUAAUAAUAUAACAUACGAAAUUGAGGACGAAGAUGAAUAUCUAAGCGAUGACAGCACAAUCAGCGGCAGGGGCGAAGGAGAAUAUCUAAAUUUGGCCUUGGAGUCGAUGCUUCAAGAAAUUGUCAAUCAAGAAACAAACACAAUGCCUCCAGUAAUUAGGAAAAAACCAGACUUGAGAGUAUUCCGACACACCAUGAUGUACAAGGAAAUAAAGGCGUUGAGUGGCCUUCCGGCAAACAGCAAAAGACCCAAUGGAAGAUGGAGUCUGACGCGUGGUUUGAUGAAACGUGAGAAUGGGCUGACCGGAUUUCCAAGCGGCUCGUUUACACCCAGCCAGCAUCGUCGCAUAGCGAACUUUUUUGUACCCAAUAAGAAAGUGGAUCGACUAAUGUCGCUGGAUUCAAAAAUAUACGUUUGUAAGUUUAAUGCGGAUGGAAGCCGUUUGAUCACUGCCUCCCAAGAUGCCACAGUGCGCAUUUUUGACUCCUCUAGGGGGACGUAUCACCGCAUAAAGCGUCUUAAAGUACGGGACGUUAAUUGGGAUAUUUUGGACGUGGACUUCAGUCCGUGUGGUAGGUUCUUCGCCUAUUCAACGUGGACGGAUUCAUUUCUUGUUGUUCCUAUCGACAGUGAUGGAGGUAACGAUUGUCAAAACUAUGCCCUAGGUGUGGAAAGAAAUGGUGCCGGAAUGUUCUCAGUUCGGUUUUCACCUUGCGAUAACGGCCGAACCCUAAUUGGUGGCUGCAAUGACUCGAAUAUUUACAUAUGCGACCGCGAGUCUAGCCAAAUUCGAGCUCUGCGCACACAACCAUCCUUCCCUGUGGACAUUAACGCCGUAAGCUAUGUUUGCGACCAGGAUCCAAAUCUAAUCGUCAGUGGUUGUCAUAAUGGCAUUAUAAAGUUAUGGGACCUACGAUGUUGCGGUGGUUACGACCACCGGCCAGCAAAGUGCCAAAGCAUAUUCUUAGGUCAUUUUGAUGGCAUAACAUACAUAGAUCCCAGAAACGAUGGAAACUAUGUUAUGAGCAAUUCGAGGGACCAAAGCAUAAAAAUAUGGGAUCUGCGCCAACCAACACCAUCGAAUAAAAUACGGAAACAUCCUAGUACCCCAUUAGUAGAGUGGGACUAUCGCUUUAGCCAAGUGCCCCGGGAAUACUACAAUCCAACAAAGCCACUGGAUGGCGAUGUAAGUGUGAUGACUUAUCGUGGACAUAAAGUAACGAAAACCUUGCUAAGGGCAAAAUUCUCCCCGGCAGUGCAAACGGGCCAACGGUAUAUUUACACAGGAUGCAGCACAGGAAGGAUUAUAAUCUAUGACGUCCUCACCGGACAAAUAAAGGAGGCAGUCGAGAGCCACAGAAACGUUAUACGUGACUUGGACUGGCAUCCGACACGCGGAGAAAUUGUUUCAUCAUCGUUUGAUGCGCACGUAAAUCUGAUCAUGUACAAAAAUAACCCCAAUAUUAGACAAACAACCGAUAAUGUACAACGGCCUUUGCGAAGGUCCCGUCGGAUAGCCCACCGCAAAGGGGAAAUGGAUGAUGAAGGCGAAGAUGAUGAUGAUGAAGUUGACUUCUAAGGAACGCCACUAUAUGUAUAUGUUAAUAUACACUGUGUAAAUAUUGCUCUUAAGAUAGUUUUGUAAUUGCAUCUAUUUUAUGCGAUAAUGUUCACUCUUAAUUGAAAUCGCUUCAAAAUGUAACAUUGAAUUAUCUUACAAUCUCUAUCGGCUAUGAUGACAUUGCUCGAGUUCAUGUAUUAGUUUGUAAUUCUUAGUCAUAUUUAACAUAUAUAUUCUGAAAUGGCUUAGUUAACGGAUAUUGUUUUACAAAUGAAUUAAAAUUCCAAUACACUUCAUAAAAAAUGUACCUAGA